UGUUGGGACUCUGCAGGUUUUUGAUCCACCGGCUUUUGAAGUCGAAUUUUUCGUCGCCGGAAACAUCAUCAAUCCACGAGUCUAUACUCUGGAAGAUGCUGAGAAGUGCGUCCUUGAUUGUAUUCUCAGGGAUAUCGUUCUCCUUCUGGAGCAGUUCAAUCACGCCAGGCUCUUCCAGCUCGACACGUUGGCAGCGCUAGAUGGACAACUGCAUGUCCUGCGAGGCCGAGCUCUUUUUACCACCUCCUCCCGACCAGCGAGCCAAUAUUGGCCGUUAGAAGUUGAUAAUUUCCAAUCCGAACCGCGUUGACAUUUAAGCCUGUGUAACAGCUAAAUCAGGCCGAACACCACCCGGUCCCAAAACGCAAAUGCCUCCAUGGAAUGGUCAAGCCCAAUGACGCGAUAGCACUGGUCAUCGCCCUCCACGUCGUCAUCCUGGUCAUCAUUUCCUAUCUGCUCGUCCGAGCCAUGCGCACAGUCGGCGUCGUGGCCACCGUCAAGUUCACAUCGACGUCAUACAGCUGGAUAUCCGACGACGUGCCGGCCCCACCGCAUACGCCAGUGCGCGUCAACGUUCCUCCACCGCCGCCGGGUCCGGGGCCAGGUAGGCAUGCGAAUCCGGGCGGGCGCGUCAAUAUCGAUGCCGGUAGGGGCCGGGCUGGAGGAGGAGGAGGAGGAGGAGGAAGGGUCAAUAUUGCGCCGGGGAGCAGGAGCGGGAACGGGGGAGGGCGGAGAACGGGGAGCGUUGUUAAUGUGCAGCCUGGGCCGGGAGGGAGGGUGAAUAUAGCCUGAGAGAGCCGUGGGGCCAUAUAGAUGGGGGUUUCUUGCCGCUAUGUAUGCAUGACGGUGGAGUCUUGCAUGAUACUUGAAUGACUUACUAUGUCGCAACUUGGGGGCUGACAUAUCCAUAUGCCCUCGACGAGCCACAUAACUAGAUAUGGGGCUCUUUCAAGCAAAGCUGGG